UUUUUUUCAGAGGAAGCGCCCUCACUUUCCUAUGCAGAGAAGUUUCUUAAAGCCUACGAUGAAGUGGAGACCUUUGUGAUGUUCAUUGGUUAUCCUCGCAGCAGCCAUAGUUUGGUUGGCGCCAUCUUGGAUGCUCACCCUGAAAUAAUUAUUCCACACGAGUUUAAUCUGUUGGAUAAAUGGAGAAGAUACAAUCUUCCAGCGUUCAAAAGGAAAAACCUAUUAAAAUAUAAGUUAUAUUUUGAUCUUCACCAGACCUCUCUCAAGCAAGCCAUCUUUGGAAUACGGGCAAGCCGAAAUAGAACAGUUCUUGGCGGGGAAUUUACAUACUUAUACAAUGUUCCAGAUUUAUGGCAAGGUGGAUACAAAAACGGGAUCAAGGUAGGAUCAGAAGACGAUUUUCAUAGCUCAUGGGUUAUAUUCUUAUUCCACAGUCAACCCAAGCUUAUCCUAAAGAAUAAAGAGGAUGCACCUGCAUCGGUGGUGGGUUGUACAAGAUAAUUUGGUAUAUCUCCUGAGUUUAUAAUGUAAAUUGGCCACCGUCAAAAAUUUUUACGUUGAGGUUUCGAGUGUUAGCCAUUCGUCAGCCUGACGAAGAGUAUUAGCCAUUCAUCAGCCUGACGAAGAGUGUUUGCUAUUCAUUAGCCUGACGAAGAAUGUUAGCCAUUCAUCAGCCUGACAAAGACCUAACGCUCGAAACGUCAACCUUGAAAAAUUUUCGGGCAGAAUGCGUGACAUAAUCAAUGAUUCAUAACCGAUAAAACGGCAAAUUUGAACGCGACCUCGCCUAAGCCUACUUUUCUGAGUUUUAAAAGAGCUAACUUCUAGAUCAUGUUGUAUCUGUAUUUUGCAAAUGAAAUUUGUAACUGAAAUGAAAGACAUUUAAGAAGUAGAAGGAUUUUCCUUUUUCACUUGAAACAAUUCUCUAACUUUUAUAUGAAAGUCAUAUCAUGAUCGAUUUUCCUAAAAACCCUUACUACUCGCCAAAAAUCAACGCACGGCAAAUGGCUGACACACCUUCCCUCUGACAGAAUCCGUUUUAAUUUUGAAAGUUAAAACGGAUUUUGAAGAACUAUAUACCUGUCAAAUUAAACAGUGCCCACCGUGGAAUCAAUAGCAAUUGUCGAUUUCUUCACAGUUGUCGCGAAUUCUAAAAUCUUUCGGUCCGUCAGCUGUUAAAUCUUACCCUUACCGACCGUAUCAAAAAUAUUAGUUUUGCCGAGAGCUCUGCCGUAGCUUUCUGAAACCGAAAUACAGCUUUUUAAGUUUUCCUCAGAGUUGAAAGGAUCUUCGGAGAAUGGUUUUCAUAGAUGCUCCUAAAACUAAAAACUGUCACAUAAUUUUGCUGGAUAACUUUAUCUAAUGCCUUUCUUAAUAGUAAAUAUAGUUUCGCUCUGAAGAAAAAGCUAAUAAGCGAUUUGACCUUUCGACAAGCAACAAUCUGUUCCUACCUCGCAAAAUAUUUCAACGAGGCCUGCGUUGUUCCAGAUAAGACUGAACUUUCACAAGGACUUUUCGAAGUUCUAUGUGAGUGACUGAGUUGGUACGUAGUGACAAAAAGCAUAGCCUACACAGAAAGCGAAACUCUUUCCAAACCGCAUUUAAAUUUGAGUUCGAACACCCUCAUUUUAUUUGAUGUAUUUUCGGUACUAGUUUUACCACGACUUUUCCUUUAGGUGAUAGGAGACAAAAAAGGGGGACGAACUUCGCAGCUUAUAAGUAAAGACCCAAACAGUAUCAAACAGUUAGAAGAAAUCGCUAAAAACGUGGGAGUGCCAAUGAAAUUCAUACACAUUGUCAGGAACCCAUUUGAUAACAUCGCUACCAUGGUACUUCGCAGAGCAGGCGAGCGUGAUAAUGUUAGGGAAGAAGGAGCAAAAGUAAGUUGAUCCAUGAUAUUUGAAUAGUUGUCAAAUUACAUUCUCAUUAUUAGUAAUAUCAUUAUCAUUAUUAUAUAUACAUAAGAAUUAUUACGAGAAAAAGGAUAGGUUGAGAGCAUUUGAACAAUAUACAAUAACGUGUGAAAUGAACAUGAUAACCCAAUAUCGGCAGCGGAUAUUGUAGUUAUGAUGUGGAGUUGAAAACCUACCUAGUUUCCAAGCCCCUCGACCGUGUGGGGUUCUCAAACUUGUGCAAACUCAGAGGGAAGUGUCUUCUUUGGUACAUUGUUUCAAAGAUGCAUAACAUGGCAAUUAGUGAUAUGGAUUUCGUAUGAUGUCAUGAAUUAUGAAACCUCGUGCCUGUGUUUUCUGCUUCUGCCUUCGGCAGAUGACUCAAAUCUUGGUUUGAUUAUUAGUGACAUCAUGCUCAACCUCAUCCAAUUGCUCAUUAUCAUUAUCAUCAUCGUCGUCAUUGGUGCUACUGUCACUGUCGGUAUCGCUGUUAUAAUCUUUUUAAUUGCAAUUAUUACGAAAACCACCAUUAACGAUUUCAUAGUAAGCAUCAACGUCACUGUAAACAUUAAAAGGAGUCUUCAUUAUUUUCGUUAUCGUUCUCAAAACCAUAAUAAAUACAUUUUUACCAUUUGUCACUAAUAGGUGAACAGCCCAGUGAUUUUGGAGAAGUUGAUCAAGAUCUACUUCAACCUUACACAGGCUAACCAGCGCGUCAGAGAACGGUUUAGGGAUGCAGUUAUCGAUAUUCCAGGACAUGAAACAAUACUCAGACCGAAAAAAACACUACAAAAAUUGUGUGAUCAUUUAGGUGUGACAUGUACAGAGGACUACGUAGAAAAAUGCAGUAAGAUCUUGUAUGGAUCUCCUUCUGUCACAAGAGAUAAAAUUGUUUGGACUGAAGAACAAAAACAGCGGGUCACCGAGCUGAUGAAAAAAUAUUUGUUUCUAAGAGACUUUUCGUUUGACGAUUUCCUAUCUUAAACUCACAGGUAGCAGCAAGUUUGCGUUUAAAAUUAGGUUUCAUUGGGCUUGCAUUUCUACUCCCUGUGAUUUUACUAGAAAAACGUUACUAAUCAGCCAAGCACAUGCGUUUUUCCGACAAGUUAACCAAUCAGAUUUAUUUAUCUAUGUAUCGCCGUACCAAAGGCAGUGGAGGAUUUCCCAGUCCUCCCAUCCUCUCCCAUUGCCUCUUGAGCCUUAAUCUGACAGUUGGCUGCUAACCUUUUCUUUUCCAUGUUGUGAUCGUUCUGAACAAUACAGUGACUCCUCAGUUAACAGUUGCCUUAAAAACAAGCUACACGAUGUUUUAAGUCAUUUAAUGAACGCCUAACUACCUCAUUUUGAAAGAAGCUUUGAAAUAUAUGUUCGUUACGAUAUAACAACGCAAAAUAAGCAACAGUGGACGAAGAAGGUGUAUGGUUAUUUAACCCCUUAACUCCCAAGAUCUGAUUGUGAAUUCUUCCAUUAAGAUAUAACACUUUUCCUUAUGAAUUAGUUACGAGAACUUGGUGCUAGAUCAGGAUAACAACUUCUACCUGGUAAGUUUGAAUACUCUCAUAACCGGUUUUCUGGAUUUUGUUACAUUUUAAUCAACUCUGGGAGUUCAGGGUUAAGGAAAAAGGGAAUGGAAAUUUUGACCUAAAAAUUAACGAAGCCUAGCUUUUAAUUUACACAAACCAUGUGGCAGAUCUUUCAAUUUUUAACCAUUCAUAUUACUUUUUUUUUCGGUUUAGCGCCAAUCCAACGCGCACCAGUCCACACCGUGCCAAUUCACUGCAAGCCAAUCCAUAGCGAGCCAAUCCAAACCGAGGCUAUUAGUGAUCAAAGCCCAGACCCUUUCUAUAACAUUCUCGAGUAACUCCCAGACACCGACGAUUGUGACGACACGACUGAAUGCCGUUGCAGGGAGGUGUGAAGAAUAUACAACAAUACCACCUACCUAUUAUUUCUAAUAAUGCCGUUUAGUUUAUCGUCAUUCGAAUAUAUUAUCCCAGGGUACGGCACAUUUCAAUCAACAAGUCUGUCGUAAUUUUUUAGUGAUUUUUGCAGGUACACUUUGAAAGCCUCAGAGAUCCACUAAGGAAAUACUAGAUGUAUCCUCCAAUAUGUUUAAAAAGCUUAAUUUACUAGAAGUAAGUCUGAACCAUUCUUAAACAUGUAAGCAAAGUUCUCUAUGCGUCAUCAGGGAAAUAACAGGCAUUUUUUUCCUUGUUUUACAUUCCCCUUUGGCUAAAGACUAAUAUUUUAAUGUUUGGAAACGGGAAACUUGUUAAGAAAACUUUUUAAUGAUGCAAUUGAAUUCCUCCACGUGCAAAUGACUUUAUCAGGACUCUUGCUUAGGGGACUGGUUAAAGAACAAUUUAGUCAAGUAUGAAACAAAUUGUGUGAAAAUAGAAAUAUAUUUCUUUUUAUGAGCGUGCAGUUGCAAUGUAGCGAGUUGCGUUGCCUAGAAACUUGACGUACUCCUGAAGAAACGUGUCCUGAUGAAUGCGAACACCGAUCAGGUGUUGAGUAAAAGACUAUUAAGGCCAACAUUUUGUGGCAUUUUUUUUUUUUUCAUCCCGUAUUGGCGAUUUUUCUUUUAAUCAAGCAGAACAAAAUUAACGAGGAAAGGAAUUUUCAAACUUCUUGAGUUUAUACAGAGGAAUGUUGUACUGGACAUAAUUCAUAAAUAUAUAUGCCGAGUGCGUUCAAAGUUGACAAAUAUGAAUUGUGGCUUUAAUUCCCAAGUGAAAUUUUUAACUUGACUGAGGAUCAUAAAUUUGUCCAGCAUUUACUUUAAAGGAGUUAUUUUCCUAAGAGAACCCUAUUUUUUCGGAUCGAGGGCGACAUGAAAAAUAACCGUAAAAAGAUUAAACUUCCAAAAUUUUCAGGCUAUCAUAGGUGCCUGAAUCCAUCAAUACAGAAAAUCUUUUGACUGAAGUCAAAUUUAAGUUUAUUUAUUUAAAUUUCCAUUUAUUUCAACAUCUUUACAUCCUCAGGUUGGUUAUAGUUGAAGCAUAAUCAUAGUAAUAAUCCUCUAAUCGCUCUGACGAAGGGCUAACGCUCGAUACGUCAGCUUUUUUACCCUUUACGGUGGCUAAUUUACGUUUUCAACCCAGUUGUUAACACUAAAUUACCUGCUAUACUCUCCCACCGACGCAGCACCACAGUUUCUUUAGAAACUUACCCCUUUAUUAUAGUUGAAUUAAAGCUUACCUCUUUCUCUCCUACGAGUGUUCAUUACGUAAAAUCUCCCAACAGUUCUGAUACACAUUCCAACAGAGAGGUUAUGAGAAUUGUCACAAUAAUCAACGGAGGAUUUAGAUAACCUUCAUGUAAAUUCCAAUUUUUAUAAAGCUACUGUAGCUUGAAAAGAAUUGUGGAGUCAUCUUUCGGGAGAAUUGACUCUCAAGGAGUGAAAGACUUAUAACCCAUCCAGCAAAUCAACCAUAUUUAGUUUAACCAGGUUUAACUGGAUGAAAAUCAAAAAUAGAAAACUGAAAGACUAAGUUUUUUACAUAGUGUUCAAGAAAUCACCUUUACUUUCACUGCGCUAAAGAUGAAGUCGACAAACAUCAGUUUAAGUAGCUUCUAUCAAGAACACAAUUUGAAUUGUGUUGGACAAAACAGGUACAGAAGUCGUUUUAGUUUUGGUGUAGAUAGAGUAUUAGAUUGAAAGUAGAAAAACUUAUUAAAUAAUAAAACCCUAUCAUCAAUUUAGCUCUUUCUAAUAAGUGAAAUGAUAAGGUGUAACAAGAGAAUAACAAGUUACUCUCGCUUGAAUUGUAUAUAAUGAUUUUAAUAAAUAUAUAUUUACUUUGUAACAUUAUCCUUCGGCGUUUCCAUUUAUUAACGCUAUCCACUGGAUAAAUCUCCAACCGAUGGAUAGCGAGCCGCUUGGAUAGUGAACCCUGAUCGUUAAUCUUCGUUUCGUUGCAUUUACAAGAUGUGUUCAUUUUGGGACGAGUGUUGAAGUUUCAUUUUCAAAAUUAUAUAUUGAGGCAAAACGACAAAAGAAUGUUACGGUAACCUAAUAUCUACUUUGACUAAUUUGUCGUUUCUCAAGACUCAGUGAAAAUUUACAUUUCGACAAAAUUACCUCGGGUUAGUUCGAGAACCGUAACUUUGACUAAGAGCUUUAAUAAAUUGCAAUAUGACUUUACUGAACAGUGACUGUCAAGAUUGUCGAUAAAUUUCUAACUGCACUGACAAUAAGCCGAGCAAACCAAACAUGAAGUAUUUUUGACAACUUGGCUUUGUGACACGUGACACAGAGCUUCUUUUCGACAAAUUUCCUAAGCGUGGUCGUGAUAAUGGGCGUCAAUUACACGCACAUACUUUCAGCAAAAUUGUGGUUUCUAGGCAACUAUUCGCAAAACUAAGAACACCCACAUGUCAUACAUAUUGACCUUGAAAUAUAGUUAGAAUCCAUUUUUAUCGUUUGCGAUAACUAUUUACGCCUUAUUUACUUUCAUUUUGCUAUUUGCCGGCUAGUAAUAGGCCAUUUCCGUCAUAUUAAUUCUAACGUGACUCCGAGGCUUGGGGGAAUAAAACCUCGAUGUGAUUUUCUUUGUUUUAUUCCCUAAAGCCUCGGAGCCAAGUUUGAAUUUUAAUUCAGAGAAAACGGCCUAAGGGAUGCGCUUUUAAAAGUCAUUAACUUAAAUAAUGAUAUUUAUACAAGCAUCAGAGACAAAAAGAAAUAAAUUCACAUGAGCAUGGUUCGAUCGCUACGUCGAAACUCUCAAGGCACUUUUAUUUUUGUUAACCAAGAAGUUACCAUUCAAAAAACUGACUCAAGGUUGGGGUAAGAAAAUUAUUUUCCUCUAUAGACAUGUAUGUUCUGAUUCUUAAUUGAAUGUGGCUCUUGAACUAUACAUGUAACCCUUAAGAUUUCAGUUCACCCAGCUUCUCGAUAAAUUGGGAGGAUUAAGUUCCACAAAACAUUAGGAUAAUUUUUGAAAAUUCAAGCAAAACGUAAUUAAAUCAUUUUUUUGUCGUUCCAUCCGUUUCAUUUACACUACGGAUAUCAGAAAGUUUUUUCAAAAAUUAUUUACACGCCAUUGUUUCUAUCACACACAUAGGCUAGAGACUUCAAUACUUCCUGGGUUAUUCUUUUAUCACUGAGCUAUUCACUCUGAUUAGCAAUAUUUAUAUUGGAUAUUUUUCUGACAUGCAAAACAGAAAACCUUCCGCACACCACAUGUUUAUGAAUACCCUGUUCCACAAAAGUAACAUGAUUCAUGAAUAUAGUGAGUAAUUGACAUUGGACCAAUAAUUAAAUAGUAACAACUAAUCAUAUUGGUGCUACUAAUAAUAAUAAUAGCAAUAGUAAUAGUAAUUAUAAUUUAUAGGGGUUAGUUCAAGAACUUCAUUGUUCCUCUAUCCUCCAGGGGAGGACGAGGAGCCUGGUUCUUUAGGGACUUGGCACAACCAAGAGAAUAUUCUCGUGGCAUAACUGAUCACCUUAGCGGGGUGGAGGAUUUUAGUUGGAGUUGUUCACACGCUUUUCAGAGGGGCGGGGCAGAGGGGACACAGUCGUCGCCAACAGACUAUGAAAGCGGCGGGGGGGGGGAUCUCUGACUGGUCGUAGUACAACCAAAAUCCUCAAAACCCCUCCCCCCCCCCACCCCUGCUACCUGGGAGAUAAAUAAUGACCGGCCCCUAGGAGUUAACAAAACCCGCUGGGGACGGAGAGGGGAUUUGAAAGAAAGUGCUUACUGUAACUUUCGCUCCCUGCUUUGACACUCACGUUCACUGUUGGAAUAAAAAGAGAUCAUUUUGGGCUGGGUGUUGAAGUUUCAUUUUCCAAAAUAUGUUUUGAAGUAAAAAGUAAUAAUGAAUUUGUUACGUUAUACAUGUAAUAUAAAUUGUUAUCUAUUUUCUCACGACUGUAUGAAAAUCUACUUCUCGCCAAAAAUACCUCACGCUAAUUCGAGAAAUUUUGGCUAAUAACUAUAGUAAAAGGUAAAAUGACUUUAUUAAAUAGUGACUAUUCCGUGAUUGUCAAGUUCCAAAAUUUCCAAUUGCAAUAAGUCGAGCCAAUCAGCAAAAUCGGUUUGACCUAAUCUUUAAGGAUUUUUGAUAGCUAAAUUUUCUAAAGUCUCUGUACCUCAAAAUCAUGAGUUGUAAUUUGCGGUUUAGAUUCAGGGGUUUUAAUUCAUACCUUAAAUUCUCCCUUGGUCCCUCCUGGAAGGAAAAGGGUUAAGCAUAAUCUUGAUAAUGACUGCCCUUUAGAAGCACAUACUUUCGGUAAAAUUAUGGUUUCUAUGCAACAAUCCGAAAAACUAAUAACACCUUCAUGUCACACCUAUGUUCAUUUUACUUUUAUUCUAUAAAAUAUAGCAAGCUCACUUCUAUGUGUCAAUAGAGCCCAUUUUUAUUGUUUGCGAUCGCUUUUUUACGCCUUCACGAUAUUCAUUUCGCAAUUGGCCUCGACUCAUUUAGCUGAGGGAUGCGCUUUUGAAAAUCAUUAGCAUAAAGAAAUGAUAUUUACAUAACUAAGCAUCAGAAACAAAAAGAAAACCAUUUCCUUCGGGUAUGGUUCGAUCGCUACGUCACACCUCUCAAGACACUUUAUUUAACAUUUAACCAAAGAAGUUUCUAUUCCAGAAAUUGACUCAAAAUUGAGGUAAGGAUAUUAUUUUUCUCUAUCGACAUUAACGUUCCGACUUUUGAUUGAUUUACAAUUUACAAUAGGGCUCUUGAAUUUUACAUGUAAACAACGAAAUUAAAUUUCACCCAGCUUCUCGAUAAAUUGAGAGGAUCAAGUUCCACAAAACGUGAUGGUAAUUUUUUGAAAAUUCACGCACAACGUAAUGUAUUGAAAUGUUUCUUUUUCGUUUCGCCUAUUUUAUACAUACUCAGACACUAGAAACUAUUUUCAGAAAUAACUAAAGUGUCAUUUUCUAUAUCAUACACGUAGACUGGAGACUUCAAGUCUCCAAGGAGGGUUAGGGAACUGGGAAAUAAUUAGGAUUGCAAGUCGCUAGAUUUAGCUCUCAAAAAAGUGCGUAUAUUCGAAUGUUUAAGAAAAACUAUCUACACUGUAGGGUGGAUAUAUAAAGUAAUGGAGAUCACGAUACAGCUCAGUAAGUUAUUUGACCAGGAUAUUGUUCCCGUUUCUCUGAAAGUGUGGAUUAGAAAUUGCUCGGUGAGAAAGCUCUCAUCGGCACUGUUUUAUGAGCAUCUCGUGGGCUGUUUGCGAGGCCUGUGGUGGGUAUUUCUGUCUCUGUCACUCUUAAGAUUUCCAGUCAGAUCCCUAGCGGUAGAUCACCCAUGGGCGAGCGAAACGGGUUGGCUCGAUUCUUGUAGACCCAGCGAGAAGCUUGUUAGAUACAUGUGCAACAGAGCCGAUGAGCGUAGCCACAGGAGGCCCACAAAGGCGGUUAUGAUAGGUAUAUUAAAUUUUUACAACCCUAAAUGGAAGGAAAAUAUGGUAUCAAGUUGGUAGGCACGGUGAACUGUUUUUGCCUAAAAAGGCAUCAUCAAAAUGACACACUAAAAUGAUCAUGAUACCACCGGAAAAAAGGGGAAAAGGUUAGCUAUCGUAUUAGUAAAGAUAGAGAUAAUUUUCGCCUUAUUGGACCUUAUCAGAAUAACGUUACUAACGUGAUAAUCUCUGCUUGCUUGAGCCAUACUGGGGGAUAUCGGCCCUCUUUAGUUUCUUUUCUUUUAAUUUUUUUUAUCUUUUUUAUUUUUUAAAAUUUUUUUAAAUUUUUUUAUCGGCGUUCCGUACUGUCACGACCUCGAGCCGAUAUUCCUCAGUACGGCCUUCAAGCUCGGUUAAUAAGAAGUUAGUAUCGCAGUUGUAAAGCAGGCGAAUGAUAAUUUCUUCAUAUCACUUUUUAGGUUAUAGGAUAGCAGCAUACAGAAUGUUCGUGAGAUCAGGUUUUCUUCCUUUGCUCAUGAUCGGUUUCCUUUCAAGCCUCUUUUUUGCUACUUAUUUGAUAAUUAAGGAGAAGAAAAUUUCGCCAUCGGGAAGACGCUUGGUGCAGGUACUGGAGACGGUGACGUUCACAGAAAAUGGUAAGUUAAAUCUAAAAAGUAACUUAACUGUGAAAAACUCUGUUAGUUAUUUUACCCCCAAGAGUGACUAGCAUCUUAUUUUUCCUUACGGUGUCGCCGCUGAAUCAAACAUUAAAGAGAUGAGAAUUAAUGAAACAAUGAUAAGAAGAAGCUUUUCAACGUUAAACGAUUCCCCUCGUCAUUGAGAUAAGAAAUGGAUGGCAAACGGUAAGGGGAAUAAGGGGGGGUAAGUUUCUAAAGAAACUGUGGUGCUGCGUCACUGGGAGAGUAUAGCAGGUAAUUUAGUGUUAACAACUGAGUUGAAAACCACCGUAAAGGAUAAAAAGCUGACGUUUCGAGCGUUAGCCCUUCAUCAGAGCGAUUUUAAGGGGAAUAUGCAUGCUGAUUUUGGAAUUAUUUGGUAUUUCUUCACCACGCUCUGUGGUUGGUAUAGAACGCUUGCGCCACCUUCUCAACCAAUCGAACGCGAGUCAGAAGCUGGUUACAGAGCGGCUAAAUCAGAUCUUCUCUUCAUUGAGUUUCCCAAAGGGUCUUAAUAUUUUUGCCGUUUGUAAUAAGCGGCCGUUGAGAUUCAGCACUCGAUAAUGCUAGUGCGAUCAUCCUGAAAAAAUACCGAUGGUACUAAAAAAAUAUUCUCGUAUCGUAUUCUCGUAUCCAUAUUGCAUUCAAUAUGGAUACGAGAUGGCAGAAAGUCAACUUGAAAUUGGUCAAGUGUACCUGUGAAAUACUUUUUCUCCAAAAAACCCAAAUGGAAAUAUCGCAAACGAUGAAGCACAGAAAAUAUGGCAAACAAUUUGAUCGUGUAGUCUGACUGUCAUGGCGAGGGAAGUCCUGAGGGGGACUCUUUUCGGUGAUGGUGACAGGCGUUUCGUCAACAUUAGCGUAGGUCAUCAUUAGAGUUCAGGCUAAAAGUUCGAUUUGAAGUGAGAUUUGAAGGGGUAGAGACUGGGUCUAGACAGGAUACGUCUAAUCUCGACCCAAUCCCUUCUCUUCCGUCAGUACAAGUAUGCGUUCAUCUUCUCUCCAAGACUGACUGUUUUGAUUUGAUUUUUUCAGAGGAAGCGCCCUCACUUUCCUAUGCAGAGAAGCUUCUUAAAGCCUACGAUGAAGUGGAGACCUUUGUAAUGUUCAUUGGUUAUCCUCGCAGCAGCCAUAGUUUGGUUGGCGCCAUCUUGGAUGCUCACCCUGAAAUAAUUAUUCCACACGAGUUUAAUCUGUUGGAAAAAUGGAGAAGUUACAAUCUUCCAGCGUUCAAAAGGAAAAACCUACUAAGAUAUAAGUUAUAUUUUGAUCUUCACCAGACCUCUCUCAAGCAAGCCAUCUUUGGAAUACGGGCAAGCCGAAAUAGAACAGUUCUUGGCGGGGAAUUUACAUACUUAUACAAUGUUCCAGAUCUAUGGCAAGGUGGAUACAAAAACAGGAUCAAGGUAGGAUUAGAAGACGAUUUUCAUUGCUCAUGGGCUACUAUCACAUACCAGUCAGCCCAAGCUUAUCCUAAAGAAUAAAAAGGACGCACCUGAAUCGGUGGCGGGUAUUACAAGAUAAUUUGGUAUAUCUUCUGAGUUUAUAAUGUAAAUUGGCCACCGUCAAAGAUUUUUAAGUUGAGGUUUCGAGUGUUAGCCAUUCAUCAGCCUGACGAAGAGCUAACGCUCGAAACGUCAACCUUAAAAAUUUUCGGGCAGAAUUCGUGACAUCAUCAAUGAUUCAUAACCGAUAAAACGGCAAAUUUGAACGCGACCUCGCAUUGAUGAGCCCUAAAUUGGCCUAUUUAAACCCACUUUUCUGAGUUUUAGAAGAGCUAACUUCUAGAUCAUGUUGUAUCUACAUUUUGCAAAUAAAAUUUUAACUGAAAUGAAGGACAUUAAAGAAGAAUUGUCCUUUUUCACUUGAAACAAUUCUCUGAAUUUUUGUAUGAAAGUCAUUUCAAGAUCGAUUUUCUUAAAACCCUUACUACUCACCAAAAAUCAACGCACGGCAAAUGGCUGACACACCUUCCAUUUGAGAGAAUCCGUUUUAAUUUUGAAGAUUAAAACGGAUUUUGAAGAGCUAUACACCUGUCAAAUUAAACAGUGCCCAUCGUGAAAUCAAUAGCACUUGUCGAUUUCUUCACAAUUGUCGCGAAUUCUAAAAUCUUUCGGUGCGUCAGCUGAUAAACCUUACCCUUACCGACCAUAUAAAAAAAAUUAGUUAUGAUGGGAGCUCUUUGGGUAGCUUUUUGAAACCGAAUACAGCUUUUAAGUUUUCCCCAGAGUUGAAAGGAUCUUCGGAUGAUGUUUUUUAUAAAUUUUCCUAAAAAUUGUCACAUGAUUUUGCUAGAUAACUUCAUCCAAUGUCUUUCUUAAUAAUAAAUAUAGUUUCGCUCUGAAGAAAAAGAUAUUAAGCGAUUUGACCUUUCGAAAAGCAACAAUCUGUUCCUGCCUCGAAAAAUAUUUUAACGAGGCUUGCGUUGUCUCAGAUAAGACGCUGAAGUUUCACAAGGACUUUUCGAAGUUCUAUGUGAGUGACUGAGUUGGUACGUAGUGACAAUAAGCAUAGCCUACACAGAGAGCGAAACUCUUUCCAAACCGCAUUUAAAAUUUGAGUUCGAACACCCUCAUUUUAUUUGAUGUAUUUUCUGUACUAGUUUUAUCACGACUUUUCCUUUAGGUGAUUGGAGACAAAAAAGGGGGACGAACUUCGCAGCGUAUAAGUAAAGACCCAAGCAGUAUCAAACAGUUAGAAGAAAUCGCUAAAAACGUGGGAGUGCCAAUGAAAUUCAUACACAUUGUCAGGAACCCAUUUGAUAACAUCGCUACCAUGGUACUUCGCAGAGCAGGCGAGCGUGAUCAUGUAAGGGAAGAAGGAGCAAAAGUAAGUUGAUUCAUGAUAUUUGAAAAGUUGUCAAAUUACAUUCUCAUUAUUAGUAAUAUCAUUAUCAUUAUUAUAUAUACAUAAGAAUUAUUACGAGAAAUAUGAUUGGUUGAGAGCAUUUAAAUAAUAUACAGUACAUGGCAUGUGAAGUGAGCAUGAUAAACCAAUAUCGGCAACGGAUAUUGUAGUCAUGAUGUGGAGUUGAAAACCUGCCUAGUUUCGAAGCCCCUCAACCGUGUGGGGUUCUCAAACUUGUGCAAACUCGGAGGGAAGUGUCUUCUUUGGUACAUUGUUUAAAAGGUGAAUAACAUGACAAUUAGUGAUAUGGAUUUCGUAUGGUGUCAAAUUAUGAACCCUAGUGUCUGUGUUUUCUGCCUCUGCCUUCGGCAGAUAACUCAAAUCUUGGUUUUGAUUAUUCGUGAUAUCAUGCUCAACCUCAUCCAAUUGAUCAUUAUCAUUAUCAUUAUCAUCAUCGUCGUCAUUAGUGCCACUGUCACUGUCGGUAUCGCUGUUGUAAUUAUUAUAAUUGCAAUUAUUAUUAAAACCACCAUUAACGAUUUCAUAAUCAGUAUCAACGUCAUUGUAAACAUUAAAAGGAGUCGUCAACAUUUUCUUUAUCGUUCUUAAAAUAAUAAAUACAUUUUUACUAUUUGUCACUAAAAGGUGAACAGCCCAGUGAUUUUGGAGAACUGGAUCAAGCUCUACUUCAACCUUACAAAGGCCAACCAGCGCGUCAGAGAAAGGUUUGGGGAUGCAGUUAUCGAUAUUCCAGGACAUGAAACAAUACUCAGACCGAAAAAAACACUACAAAAAUUGUGUGAUCAUUUAGGUGUGACAUGUACGGAGGACUACAUAGAAAAAUGUAGUAAGAUCUUGUAUGGAUCUCCUUCUGUCACAAGAGAUAAAAUUGUUUGGACUGAAGAACAAAAACAGCGGGUCACUGAGCAGAUGAAAAAUUAUCCUUUUCUAAGAGACUUUUCGUUUGACGAUUACCUAUCUUAAACUCACAGGUAGCAGCUGCAGAAUAAUUUUCAAUUUCGCGUUUAAAAUUAGGUUUCCUUGGGCUUGCAUUUCUACUCCCUGCGAUUUUACUAGAAAAACGUUUCUAAUCAACCAAGCAUACGCGUUUUUCCGACAAGGUAACCAAUCAGAUUUAUUUAUCUAUGUAUCGCCGUACCAAAGGCACUGGAGGAUUUCCCAGUCCUCCCAUCCUCUCCCAUUGCCUCUUGAGCCUUAAUCUGACAGUUAGUUGCUCACCUUUUCUCUUCCAUGUUGCCUUUGGCCGGUGUUUUGAUGCGCUAAAAUAAAACAUGUACUUUGUGAUAAUUAUGCAAACAAUUAAAUUGUAGAAAGAACAGUUAAAAAUUCAACUGUCUCUUAAAGGCACUGUCAGCGACAGUACAAUGAGUUUGAUUGAUAUGCUACUGGUUAGACGAAACACCAAAAAAUAAACACCUAAGUGCUAAGAAUAGACUGUUUUUAGCUUGAUCUCAACUCAAAACAACGUUUUUGCUGUUUUGCUGCUAAAUUACGCUGUUUUCAGUUUUUUUUGUACUGAAUUAAGAGUGUCACCUGUUUGCAGCUAAUGACGCUGUUUUAAGCUAUAUCUCACUCAUAACAACAUUUUUCUCUCUGUGAUGCUAAAUUACGCUCUUUUCAGCUUUAUCGUACUGAAAACCCUUUCUAUAUACUUGUUUGUUGCUGUUACACUGUUCUUACCUUCCUUUCAUGAAAAGUGGUUUUCUAGCCUGUUCGCAGCUAAUUGACCGAUUUUAGCUUGAUGUUGCCGAAAACAACGUUUUUGCUGUAUUGUUGCUAACUUACGCUGAAUUCAGAUGUUUAUCUGUUUGCAGCUAAUAGCGGUGUUUUAGGCUAUAUCUCACUCAUAACAACAUUUUUCCUGCUGUGGUGCUAAACUAUGCUCUUUUCAGCUCUUUUGCACCGAAAACCCUAUUUUGUGCAUGUUUGCUGUUUGCAGCAAAUUGACUGAUUUUUGCUUGAUCUCACCUAAAACAAUAUUUCUGCUGUUUUAUUAGUAAAUUUCGCUUUUUCCAAAUUUUUUGCACUGAAUAAAAAAUUUAGCCUUUUUGAAGCUAGUCACGCUGAUUCUAGCUAUAUCUCAAUCAAAAGAACGUUUUUGCUCUUUUGGGUCCAAAUUACACUCUUACAAGACUUUUUUCACGGCAUAAAGGUUCUGGCCUGUUUCCAGCUAAUCACGCUGAUUCUAGCUAUAUUUCAGUCAAAAAAAUGUUUUUGUUGUUGUGGUGCUAAAUUGCGCUGUGUUCAGUUUUUUCGCACUGGAAACGGUUUUCGCCUAUUUGAAGCUUUUCACAUUGAUUCCAACUAUAUCUCACUCAAAAGAAAAUUUUUGCUUUUUCGCCGCUGUAUUUCAGCUGUAUUGCACCUAGAACCUCUUUUGUGCUGGUUUCCUGGAUUUACGCACUUUUUUUCUUCCUUGAACCAAAACCGCUGUUCUGGCCUUUUUGCAGAUAAUUGACUGAUUUUAGCUAGAUCUCACUCAUAAAAACGUUUUUGCUGUUUUCGGUUCUAAAUUACGCUGUUUUAAGUUUUUUUUUCGCACUGCAUUAAGACUGUCGCCUGUUUCCAGCUCAUUACGCUGUUUUAAGCUACAUCUCACUCAACAACUUUUUUUUUGCUUCUGUGCUUCUGAAUUACGCCCUUUUUAGCUUAAUCGUACCGAAAAACCUUGUGUGUGUCGGUUUUAUGUCUGUUUGUGUGUGAGCCCGAAUAAACUGAUUUAAUAUUUGAAAUAUUGUAAUCCCCUCGUUAAGCCUAAGUGCUUUCUCAUUAGUUAUUCUCUUUACUGUCUGACAUACAAUUCUUCUGUUAUCAAAUAGGAGAAUUUGGUAUUGGAUCAACUAAUAAUUCCCUAAUUGAUAAUAUACUUUAUUCUCAUCACUUCUAUAGUUGAUAUUGUAUUGAUAUUGUAAGGAGAAAUUCUCUCUUGGUCACCCGUGGGAGGUAAAGUUAAGCAUGGCCUUGAUUAAAAGUACAUACUUUCGGUAAAAUUAUGGUUUCUAUGCAACAAUCCGAAAAACUAAUAACACCUUCAUGUCAAUUACAUUUACAAUUUUAUUUACUUUUAUUCUAUAAAAUAUAGUAAGUUCACUUCUAUGUGUCAAUAGAGCCCAUUUUUAUCGUUUGCGAUCGCCCUUUAACACCUGAUUGAUAUUCAUUUCGCAAUUGGCCUCGACUCAUUUAGCUGAGGGAUGCACUUUCGAAAAUCAUCAACAUAAAAAAAAAUGAUAUUUGCAUAACUAAGCAUCAGAAACGAAAAGAAAACCAUUUCCUUGGAGUAUGGUUCGAUUGCCACGUCACAUCUCUCAAGACACUUUAUUAAACGUCUAAUCAAAGAAGUUUCUAUUCCAGAAAUUGACUAAAAAUUGAGGUAAGGAUAUUAUUGUUCUCUAUCGACAUUAACGUUCCGACUCUUGAUUGAUCAAUGAGUGUCAAUUUUCAAUAGGGCUCUAGAAUUUUACUUGUAAACAACGAAAUUAAAUUUCACCCAGCUUCUCGAUAAAUUGAGAGGAUCAAGUUUCACAAAACAUGAGGGUUUUUCGUUUCACCUAUUUUAUUCAUAUUACAGACACCAGAAACUAUUUUAAAAAAUAACUCACAUGUCAUUUUCUAUAUCAUACACGUAGACUGGAGACUUCAACUCAUCGUUAUUCUUUUACAAUCAGCUAUUCACUCUGUUUCAAAGGAAGGUUAAGGAACUGAGAAGUAAUUAAGAUUGCAAUUCAAGUCGCUAGAUUUAUCUCUCAAAAAUGCGCGUAUAUUCGGAUGUUUAAUAAGAAAUACUAUUUACACUGUAUGGUGGAUAUAGCAGAAAAAAAUGUUAUUAAGUUGAUAGGCACGGAGAACUGUUUUAGCUUUAAAAGGAAUCAUCAAAAUCACAAACUUAAAUGAUGAUACUACCGAAAAAAAAGGAGAAAAAGAUAAGCCAUGGUAUUAGUAAAGAUAGAGAUAAUUUUGGCCUUAUUGAACCCUAUUAGAAUAAAAAAAGUCGUCAAGUCUCGGUGUCCCACUGACAAAGAUUUUAAGGCCCUCACCGAGCGUGAGGGCCUUACUGGGGAAGAUUGGCCCGAUGUUGUGGCGAUACAGACCUCGCUGUAUUCGGACCGCGCGAAAACGACCGAGGGAAAAUAUUUCCCAGCUCGCCUAUAAAUCAUUUUAUCAUAUGGCAAGGUAGUCCUGGGGUAAAUUCGAGCGUUCUGAUUGAUCACUUCCACGGAAACGGUCAUAAGCCGGUCAUAAGCCAACAAAUCCAAAAUAAACAAGUUUGAUCCGAGUGCCAUAUGAUAAACUACUUAAUAACUUUGCUUCCUUGAGCCAUACUGAGGGAUAUCGGCCCUCGUUCGCUCUUUUUUUUAUUGGCCCUUGCUGCACGUAGUCCGCACUGUCACGACCUCGAGCCGAUAUUUCUCAUUACAGCCCCUUAAACCCGGUUAAUAAUAAGUUAGUAGCGCAGUUGUAAAGCGUUUGAUAACUUCUUCAUAUCAUCUUUGAAGGUUAUAGGAUAGCAGCAUACAGAAUGUUCGUGAGAAAGGGUGUUCUUCCUUUGCUCAUGAUCGGAUUCCUUUCGAGCCUCUUUUUUGUCACUCGCUUGAUAGUUAAGGAGAAGAAAAUUUCGCCAUCGGGAAGACGCGAGGUGCAGGUAUUGGAGACGGUGACGCUCACAAAAAAUGGUAAGUUAACUCCAAAAUGCAACUUAACUGUGAAAACCUCUGUUAGUUAUUUUACCCCUAAGAGUGACUAGCAUCUAAUUUCUCCUUACGGUAUCGCCGCUGAAUAAACAUUAAAGAGAUGAGAAUUAACGAAACAAUGAUAAGAAGAAGCUUUUCAACGUUAAACGAUUCCCCUCGUCAUUGAGAUAAGAAAUGGAUGGCAAACGGUAAGGGGAAUAAAGGGGGGUAAGUUUCUAAAGAAACUGUGGUGCUGCGUCACUGGGAGAGUAUAGCAGGUAAUUUAGUGUUAACAACUGAGUUGAAAACUUAAAUUGGCCACCGUAAAGGAUAAAAAAGCUGAAGUUUCGAGCGUUAGCCCUUCAUCGGAGCGAUUUUAAGGGGAAUAUGCAAGCUGAUUUUGGAAUUAUUUGGUAUUUCUUCACCACACUCCGUGGUUGGUAUAGAACGCUUGCGCCACCAUCUCAACCAAUCGAACGCGAGUCAGAAGCUGGUUACAGGCCGGCUAAAUCAGAUCUCCUCUUCACUGAGUUUCCCAAAGUGAUGGCAAUUAAAGACAUAAUGAUAAGAAGAAGCUUUUCAACGCUAAAAUAAUUCUCCUCAUCAUUGACAUAGGAAAUGUAUGGCAAACAGUAAAGGGAAUAUACAUACUGAUGUAAGGAUUUAUUUGGUAUUUAUUCAUCUCGCUCUGUGGUUGGUAUGGAAAGCUUGCGCCACCUUUUAACCGACCUAUCGGACGCCAGUCAGAGGCCGGUUACAGGCCGGCUAAAUCAGAUCUUCUUUUCAUUGAGUUCCCCGAGGGGUCUUAAUAUUUUUGUCGUUUGUAAUAAGCGACCGUUGAGAUUUAGCUUUCGAUAAUGUAAGCGCGAUCAUCCCGAAAAAAAUACCAAGGGUACUACGAAAACACUCCAUGAAUGCAAUAUGGAUAUGAGAUGGCAGAAAGUCAACUUGCAAUUGGUCAAGUGUACCUGGGAAAUACUUUUUCACCAAGGAAACCCAAAUGGAAAUAUCGCAAACGAUGAAGCACAGAAAAUAUGGCAAACAAUUUGAUCGUGUAGUCUGACUGUCAUGGCGAGUGAAGUCCUGAGAGGGACUCUUUUCGGUAAUGGUGACAGACGUUUCGCCAACAUUAGUGUAGGUCAUCAUCAAAGUCCAAGCUAAUAAUUCGAUCUGAAGUGAGAUUUGAAGGGAUAGAGACUGGGUCUAGGCAGGAUGCGUCUAGUCUGGACCCAAUCCCUUCUCUUUCGUCAGUACAAGUAUGCGUUCAUCUUCUCUCCAAGACUGACUGUUUUGAUUUGAUUUUUUCAGAGGAAGCGCCCUCACUUUCCUAUGCAGAGAAGCUUUUUAAAGCUUACGAUGAAGUGGAGACCUUUGUGAUGUUCAUUGGUUAUCCUCGCAGCAGCCAUAGUUUGGUUGGCGCCAUCUUGGAUGCUCAUCCUGAAAUAAUUAUUCCGCACGAGUUUAAUGUGUUGCAAAAAUGGAGAAAGUACAAUGUGCCAGAGUUCCAAAGUAAAAACCUGGUAAGAUAUAAGUUAUAUUUUGAUCUUCACCAGACUUCUACCGAGCAAGCUAUGUUUGGAGUACGGGCAAGCCGAAAAAGGACAGUUCUUGGCGGGGAAUUGACAUACUUAUACAAUGUUCCAGAUCUAUGGCAAGGUGGAUACAAAAACAAGAUCAAGGUAGGAUUAGAAGACGAUUUUCAUAGCUCAUGGGUUACUAUCACAUACCACAGUCAGCCUAAGCUUAUCCUAAAGAAUAAAAAGGAUGCACCUGCAUCGCUGGCGGGUAUUACAAGAUAAUUAGGUAUAUCUCCUAAGUUUAUAAUGUAAAUUGGCCAUCGUAAAAACUUGAGUUUUGCUGGAUAACUUCUUUUAAUAUCUUUCUUAAUGGUAAAUAUGUUUUCGCUCUGAAGAAAAAGAUUUUAAGCGAAUUAACCUUUCGACAAGUGACAAUCUGUUCCUGCCUGGGAAAAUAUUUCAACGAGGCUUGCGUUGUCCCAGAUAAGAAGUUGAAGUUUCACAAGGAAUUUUCGAGUUUCUUUAUGGCUUCGUUGCACGUAAUAACAAAAAGCAUAGCCUACACAGAGAGCGAAACUCUUUCCAAACUGCACUUCAAAUUUGAGUGCGAACACCCUCAUUUUAUUUGAUGUAUUUUCUCUACUGGCUUUAUCACUUUUCUUUUAGGUAAUAGGAGACAAAAAAGGGGGACGAACUUCGUUGCUUAUAAGCCGAGACCCAAGCAGUAUCAAGCAGUUAGAAGAAAUCGCUAAAAACGUAGGAGUGCCAAUGAAAUUCAUACACAUCGUCAGGAACCCAUUUGAUAACAUCGCUACCAUGGUACUUCGCGGUGCAGGCGAGCGUGAUAAUGUUAGGGAAGAAGGAGCAAAAGUAAGUUCAUAAAUCAUAUUUGAAAAGAUAUCAAAUAACAUUCUCAUUAUCACGGUAACAUCAUUGUCAUUAUUAUAUAUACACAGGAGUCCAUUACUUCUGAUAUACAUUAGAAUUUUUACUAGAAAUAUGAUUGGUUGAGACUAUUUAAAUGAUAUACAAUAGCAUGUGAAGUGAGUACGAUAACCCAAUAUCGGCAGCGGAUAUUGUAGUUAUCAUGCGGAGUUAAAAAACCUACCUAGUUUCCAAGUCCCUCGACCAUGUGGGGUUCUCAAACUUUUGCAAACUCAGAGAGAAGUGUCUUCUUUGAUACAUUGUUUAGAAAAUGCAUAAUAAGACAAUUAGUGAAUUGGGUUUUCGUAUGAUGUCAUGAAUUAUCAAACCUUGUGUCUGCGUUUUCUGCCUCUGCAUUUUCGUUAUUGUUAUCACAAUCAUAAUCAAUGUCGUUAUCGUUAUCAUUUUUUUCUAUUUGUCACUAAAAGAUGAAAGGAUCAGUGAUUUUGGAGGAUUGGAUCGAGCUCUACUUCAACCUUACAAAGGCUAGCCAGCGCGUCAGAGAAAGGUUUGGGGAUGCUGUUAUCGAUAUUCCAGGACAUGAAACAAUACUCAGACCGAAAGAAACACUACAAAAAUUAUGUGACCAUUUAGGUGUGACAUGUUCAGAGGAAUACAUAGAAAAAUGCAGUGAGAUCUUGUAUGGAGCUCCUUCUGUCACAAGAAAUAAAAUUGUUUGGACUGAAGAACAAAAACAGCGGGUCACCGAGCAGAUGAAAAAAUAUCCGUUUCUGAAAGACUUUUCGUUUGACGAUUUCCUAUCUUAAACUCACAGGUAGCAGCCGCUGGAACAAUUUUCAAUUUUGCGUUUAAAAUGAGGUUUCAUCGGGUUUGCAUUUCUACCCCCUGAGAUGUUUUUAGAAGGGAAUCAAAGGCACUCGAGGGUUUCCCAGUUCUCCCAUCCUCUCCCAUUGCUGCUUAAGCCUUAAUCCAACAGUUAGUUGCAAAACUUUUCUCUUUCAUGUUGCCUUUGGCCAGCAUUUUGCUUUGCUAAAAAAAGUGUACUUUUUGAUAAUUAUGUAAAAAAAAUUAACUUGUGGAAAGAUAAUAAAUAAAGUUGUUUUUAAAGGCAUGUCCGCGACAGUACAAUGAGUUUAGUAGAUAUGCUACUGUUAUCAAAUUUCUAUUGUUUGAUUACCGGUUACAUGUUGCAUCAGUAAACGUUUCAACUUUAUUUUCAAAAAAUGUCAAAGAGGAAAGAGGUAGUUUUCGUUAGAAAGAAAUCCUGACGAAAGUGAUACAUUGGACUUCUCUAUUCAGUGGAUAAAGGAGUCAGAAAAGUCAAAAAUACAGAGAGGGGACGGCAGGAGAAACUAGGCACGAACAUUUUGAUGAAACCUCUUAAAUGCUGUAGAUCGUAGAUUAUGAGAUCCAACAAAUAACGAAACUAGACAUUUGUCACCUAAUUAAGCAAUAAACAAGUCAACUAAACCAAACACACAUGGUAUCACCUUUUAUUUCUCUGACAGGAGUAGGUAACAUUUACGUGGUUCUAAGAGUAAAUCAAUUUGGUUUCACGUAAGCAGUGGCUCAACUCAUUUAAAUAUCUGUAACAACUGCUGCUUCUGGAAACCUUCAGAUAUGUCAAUUCUUAUUGAUUGUGUCUUGCACCCAGUACUUCAGAUCCAUCAUGUCAGCAUACAUACCGUAUCAACCCUUGCGCGCGCAGUCUAUUCCCCAGCUCACCGCACCCAUCAGAUACCACUUCUCAUUCUUAGAGCGGACCAGCGGUACUCCACUAUCUCCUUAGCAAGCGUCAAUCCCUCUUUAAGUGCACCUUGCACAGCGCAUGCGCGGUGAAAUAGUGUAGCCCAAGUCUUGACAGGCGGAUUGGCAAGAGUCUCUUGAGAUUAGAGGUACAGUCGAACCUCGAUUAUCCGGACUCGGUGGGACUAGGGUAAAUAGUCCGGAUAAUCGAGAGUCCGGAUAAUCGAAAAUAUGAAUAUUAAUGAGACAAUGUAAACAAAAGAAAUAAAGAUAACACAUUUUUAAUUCUAAAAGUUUGCUUCAACAGAUCGCUUUCGCUUCGUAGACAUGUUGUCGUUUUGAGUUAUGAUCGUCUUGUGUGUUUACAUAACCCACGCUCAGCUUAGCAACAAAACAAUACUGAACAAAUCAAAAUUCAGCUGAACGCAUUAGAAUACUUCUUGUCUCUUUUUGUCUCCGAGCGCUCGAUCUUUCGAAAGCGGAGCGUGUAAUGCGCUGUUUUAAACGCAAUUUUCCUGACUUUUAACAUAAUUUCUGAAUUUUUUUACCUCCUAAAGUUUUUAACAUCUAAGGUCAUUAAUAUUCAUGGAAAAAACGGGACCAGAGAAAAAGUCCGGAUAAUCGAAAAGUCCGGUUAAUCGAUGUCCGGAUAAUCGAGGUUCGACUGUACUUUAGCUUGUUGUAGAAUCUGUUGUACCAAACAGCCAAAUAUGUCAUACCUUACCCAUGCUCUAGAUGCCAUAGAGGGGCAUUUGGCCGACCUCAUUUGUAAGGGGGGAGAGGGGGGAGACAAAUAACGGUAACUGAACUGAGUGGAGGGCAGUUUAGUCUUAAAUCGUACAAAUGAUUUCAAAAUGGAAAGAGCCUGUAGCGCGAGUUUGAUUUGAAAUCACAAGUAUGACUUUAUUACUACAGAAUAGCAAGUACUUGAACUAAUGAAAGGCGUUGAUACCUCUAAAGCAUGUGGUUAUGAUGGAAUUGGCAACAGGAUUAUUAAGAUGUGCAGUGAUGGUUUUCAUGUCUAUUUCACUCGUUUUAUCAACAUGUCUUUUUCACUUGGUCAGUUCCCCAGUGAGUAAAAGCUUGCAAAUGUUAUUCCUAUAUUCAAAAAUGAUAACCCUUAACUCAAAGUGAAUUACCGUCCCGUUUCUCUGCUGGCAAGUUCUUCCAAAAUCUGUGAAAAUAUUUUUUUCUUUUACUUGAACAAUUUUUGAUGGAGAUUGGUUUUCUUUAUAAACUCCAGUCUGGUUUCAGACCUGGUGAUUCAGCAAUCAACCAACUGAUUUUCUUUGUACAAUAGAGAGGUACGUGCUAUUUUCCUAGAUAUAAGCAAAGCAUUUGAUAAGGUGUGGCAUGCUGGUUUGUUGUGUAAGCUGGAGGCUUUAGAAGUACAACCGCCCUUACUUCAAUGAUUCGAAAGUUAUUUGCUUAACCGAAAGCAGCGGGUAGUUAUAGAUGAGUAAUCCUCUGAUUGGUGAACAGUCAACUCCGGAGUCCUUAAAGGGUCUUUGAUAGGACCGCUUCUAUUCUUAUUUACAUCAGUGAUAUUACUGAUGAUUUCGCCUCUCUUCCUUUGAUUUAUGCCGAUGAUACCACAAUGUUUGAAAUUGUUGACGAGCCAGCCGUAUCAGCUGGUCGUCUUAAUUCUGAUCCAAACAAGAUCUCCGAAUGGGCUGACAAAUGGUUGGUAACUAUGAAUCCUGUUAAAUCUCGCAAUGUUGUAUUUUCUCUCAAGCGUAAUAAACAAGAUCACCCGCCUCCAUUUCUUGACACCAAGGUCGUCAAAGACGUUGAGUGUCACACUCACUUAGGCCUAACUUUGCAGAGUAAUAUGUCGAGGAGAAAUCAUAUAGUUUAGAUGUACAAGAAAGCCUCUAAACGAUCAAAUAUGCUGAAAUAUGUCAAAUACAGAGUUGAUAGAUCCACCUUAACAUACUUGUACAAACGCCUGAUUAAACCACUCAUGGAAUAUGGGGAUGUUAUCUGGAACAACUGUCAUCUUUACAGAAUAAUGUUCGAUACGAAGCCGCAAGAGUGGUAACAGGAGCCAUUAGGGGAACCAACUCUGCGAGGUUUCGUGAUUAACUUGCUUGGGAGCCUCUUAGUAUCAGGAGAGAAUGACAUAAAUUAAGCCAGUUUUACAAAAUAGUCAAGAAUCUUGCUCCACGUUAUUUAAAUGAACUAUUGCCCAAACUAUUUAGUGAACGUACACAUUUUCGUCUCAGAUCAAGAGAACACUUCACUCAACUUCUUUGUAGAACUUCUACGCUUCAAAAGUCUUUUUUUCCAUCAGCAAUCAAUGGCUGGACCUAGAUGUCCGAAACACUGUAUCUCUUCCCACUUUAAAGCAAUAACUCGGUCAAUUCUCUUUCCGCAUACUUACAAUGGGUUAUAUGAUCGUUCUUUGUCAAGGCGUGCACCUGUUGAUCACACCCGCCUCAGACUUGGGUUCUCUUGUCCAAGCGAAUAUCUCUUCAAAAUUAAUAGUUGUGUGUCGCCUAUUUGCGAGUGCAGUUUUGACUCUGAAUCGGUGAAACACUUUUUCUUGCAUUGCCCAAGGUAUGCCGCUCAACGUGAUGUUAUCCUUACCUCUGCUGCUAAUAUUCUCGGUGAAACAUGGUCAUCGAGUAGUGAUGCUAGGAAACUAAUUUUCUAUUGUAUGGUGUUCAGUCUGUAAAUUGCAACGUCAACCGUGCUUUUUUUUCGCAAAGCACAAAAGUUUUGUAAUAAACACUAAUCGCUUCUCUGAGGCCAUUGUUUAAUUGUUUAAACAAUAUAUUCCUAGCUUAGUAAGGCUAAUUCGUUGCUAUUGCAAUUUGUGUGUGUCGGUUAUGUGUCUGUUUGUGUGUAAGCCCGAAUAAAUUGAUUUUAUAUUUGAAAUAUUGUAAUCCCCCUCGUUAAGCCUAGGUGUUUUGGGGAAAACAAUGAUAAAUAUGUUUCACUAAAAAAAAAAAAUAAUAAAAUAAAAAAAUAAAAAACUCCUAAGAUCUCAUUAGUAAUUCUCUUAACUGUCUGACAUACGUUUCUUAUGAUUUCUAUCAGGAGAAUUUGGUAUUGGAUCAACUAAUAAUCCCCUAAUUGAUAAUAUGCUUUCUUGUCAUCACUUCUAUAGUCGAUAUUGUUUUGAUAUUGUAGGAGAAAUUCUCUCUUGGUCACCCAUAGGAGGUAAAGGUUAAACAAGGCUGGCCUUCAUUGGAAGUACAUACUUUCGGUCAAAUUAUGGUUUCUAUGCAACAAUCCGAAAAACUAAUAACACCUUCAUGUGUUAUUAGUUUUUGGAAUUGUUCUUUUUACUUGUAUUCUAUAAAAUAUAGUAAGCUCACUUCUAUGUGUCAAUAGAGCCCAUUUUUAUUGUUUGCGAUCGCCUUUCGUGAUAUUGGCCUCGACUCCUUUAGCUGAGGGAUGUGCUUUUGAAAAUCAUUAGGAUAAAGACAUGAUAUUUACAUAACUAAGCAUCAGAAACGAAAAAAAACCAUUUCAUUGAGGCAUGGUUCGAUCGCUACGUGACAUCUCUCAAAACACUUUAUUUAACAUUUAACCAAAGAAGUUUCUAUUCCAGAAAUUGACUCAAAAUUGAGGUAAGGAUAUUAUUUUUCUCUAUCGACAUUAACGUUUUGACUCUAAAUUACAACGUCAACCGUCCUUUUUUUCCGCGAAGUACAAAGUUUUGUAAUUAACACUAAUCGCUUCUCUGAGGCCAUUGUUUGAUUGUUUAAAUAAUACAUUCCUAGCUUAGUAAGUCUAAUUCGUUCCUAUUGCAACUUGUAUGUGUCGGUUAUGUGUCUGUUUGUGUGUAAGCCCGAUCGAAUAAAUUGAUUUUAUCUUUGAAAUAUUGUAAUCCCCCUCGUUAAGCCUAGGUGUUUUGGGGAAAACAAUGAUAAAUAUGUUUCACUAAAAAAAAAAAAAAAAAAAAAAAAAAAAACUCCCAAGAUCUCAUUAGUAAUUCUCUUUACCGUCUGACAUACAAUUCUUAUGAUGUCAAUUAUGCUUUCUUGUCAUCACUUCUAAAGUCGAUAUUAUUUUGAUAUUGUAGGGGAAAUUCUCUCUUGAUCACCGAUAGGAGGUAAAGGUUAAACAAGGUUGGCCUUCAUUGGAAAUACAUACUUACGGUUAAAUUAUGGUUUCUAUGCAAACAUUCCCAAAAACUAAUAACAUCUUCAUGUUACGUAUAUGUUCUUUUUACUUUAAUUCUAUAAAAUAUAUAGUAAGCUCACUUCUAGGUGUCAAUAGAGCCCAAUUUUUAUUGCGAUUGCUUUUGUACGCCUUCGUGAUAUUCAUUUCGCAAUUGGCCUCGACUCCUUUAGCUGAGGGAUGCGCUUUUGAAAUCAUUAGCACAAAGAAAUGAUAUUUACAUAACUAAGCAUCAGGACGAAAAGAAAACCAUUUCAUUGGGGCAUGGUUCGAUCGUUACGUGACAUCUCUCAAGACACUUUAUCUAACAUUUAACCAAAGAAGUUUCAAUUCCAGAAAUUGACUCAAAAUUGAGGUAAAGAUACUAUUUUUCUCUAUCGACCUUCUUUUUUGUUUCGCCUAUUUUAUUCAUACUACAGACACCAGAAACUAUUUUCAAAAAUAACUCAUGUGUCAUUUUCUAUAUCAUACACGUAGACUGGAGGCUUCAACUCUCCAAGGAAGGUUAGGGAAGUGGGAAGCAAUUAGGAUUGCAAGUCGUUAGAUUUAGCUCUCAAAAAAGUGCGUAUAUUCGGAUGUUUAAGAAAAACUAUCUACACUGUAUGGUGAAUAUAAAAAGCAAUGGAGAUCACGAUACAGCUCAGUAAGUUAUUUGACCGGGAUAUUAUUUCCGUUUCUUUGGAAGUUUGGAUUAGAAAUUGCUCGGUGAGAAAGCUCUCAUCGGUACUGUUUUAUAAGCAUCUCGUGGGCUUUUUGCAAGGCCUGCGGUGGGUAUUUUCUGUACAUGUCACUCUAAAGAUUUCCGCGAAGCGGGCUGGCUCGAUUCCUUGAGCCAUACUGGGGGAUAUCGGCCCUCGUACGCUCUUUUGUUUAUUGGCCCUCGCUGUUCGUGGUCCGUACUGUCCCGACCUCGAGCCGAUAUUUCUCAUUACGGCCCUUAAACUCGGUUAAUAAGAAGUUAGUAUCGCAGUUGUAAGGGGUUUGAUAACUUCUUCAUAUCAUCUUUUAAGGUUAUAGGAUAGCAGCAUACAGAAUGUUCGUGAAAAAGGCUGUUCUUCCUUUGCUCAUGAUCGGAUUCCUUUCAAGCCUCUUUUUUGUCGCUCGCUUGAUAAUCAAGGAGAAGAAAAUUUCGCCUUCGGGAAGACGCUUGGUGCAGGUACGGGAGACGGUGACGCUCACAGAAAAUGGUAAGUUAACUCCAAAAAGUAACUUAAUUGUGAAAACCUCUGUUAAUCAUUUUACCCCUAAGAGUGACUAGCAUCUGAUUUAUUCUUACGGUAUCGCCGCUGAAUCAAACAUUAAGGUGAUGGGAAUUAAGGAAAUAACGAUAAAAAGAAGCUUCUCAACGUUAAACAAUUUCUCCCCGUCAUCGACAUAAUAAAUGUAUGGCAAACAGUAAGGGGAAUAUACAUACUGAUGUUAGGAUUUAUUUGGUAUUUAUUCACCUCGCUCUGUGGUUGGUAUAGAAAGCUUGCGCCACCUUUUUAACCAAUCGGACGCGAGUCAGAGGCCGGUUACAGGCCGGCUAAAUCAGUUCUUCUCUUUAUUGAGUUCACCAAAGGGUCUCCACAUUUUUGUCGUUUGUAAUAAGCGGCCGUUGAGAUUCAGCACUCGAUAAUGUAAGUGCGAUCAUCCCGAAAAAAAUACCGAGGGUACUAAAUGAAUAUUCCAUGAAUGCAAUAUGGAUAUGAGAUGGCAGAAAGUCAACUUGCAAUUGGUCCAGUGUACCUGUGAAAUACUUUUUCAUCAAAAAACCCAAAUGGAAAUAUCGCUAACGAUGAAGCACAGCAAAAAUGGCAAACAAUUUGAUCGUGUGGUCUGACUGUCGUGGCGAGGGAAGUCCUUAGAGGGACUCUUUUCGGUAAUGGUGACAGACGUUUCGCCAACAUUAGUGUAGGUCAUCAUCAAAGUUCAAGCUAAUAAUUCGAUCUGAAGUGAGAUUUGAAGGGGUAGAGACUGGGUCUAGACCGGAUGCGUCUAAUCUCCACCCAAUUCCUUCUCUUCCGUCAGUACAAGUAUGCGUUCAUCUUCUCUCCAAGACUGACUGUUUUGAUUUGAUUUUUUCAGAGGAAGCGCACUCACUUUCCUAUGCAGAGAAGCUUUUUAAAGCUUACGAUGAAGUGGAGACCUUUGUGAUGUUCAUUGGUUAUCCUCGCAGCAGCCAUAGUUUGGUUGGCGCCAUCUUGGAUGCUCAUCCUGAAAUAAUUAUUCCGCACGAGUUUAAUGUGUUGCAAAAAUGGAAAAGAUACAAUUUGCCAAAGUUCCGAAGAAAAAACCUGAUAAGAUAUAAGUUAUAUUUUGAUCUUCACCAGACUUCUACCGAGCAAGCUAUGUUUGGAAAACGGGCAAGCCGAAAAAGGACAGUUCUUGGCGGGGAAUUUACAUACUUAUACAAUGUUCCAGAUUUAUGGCAAGGUGGAUACAAAAACAAGAUCAAGGUAGGAUCAGAAGAUGAUUUUCAUAGCUCAUGAGUUACUAUCACAUACUACAGUCAGCCCAAGCUUAUCCUAAAGAAUAAAGAGGAUGCACCUGCAUCGGUGGCGGGUAUUACAAGAUAAUUAGGUAUAUAUCCUAAUUUUUAUAAUGUAAAUUGGCCACCGUAAAAACUCGAGAUUUAAAGUCUUAGCCCUUCAUCACCCUGAUGAAGGGCUAUAACGCUCGAACGCCAACCUUGAACACUUCUCGAGCAGAAAUCGUGGACAUCAUCAAGGAUUCAUAACCAAUAAAGCGGCAAAUUUAAACGCGACCUUGCUUUGAUGAGCCCUAAAUUAUCCCACUUAGCUCAUUUUUCUGAGCUCUAGAAGAAGAAUUGUCCUUUUUUACUUGAAACUGCACAAAAUUCGCUAACUUUUUGUAUGAAAGUCAUUUCAAGAUCGAUUUUCUUUAAAACCCUAACUACCGACUAAAAACCAACGCACGUCAAAUGGCUGAUACACCUUCCCUCUGACAGAACCCGUCUUAGUUUUGAAAAUUGGUCAACAAGAACUACUAUCCUUUUGAUUUUGAAAUCGUUAGUCAAAGAUGCGUUCCAAAAAUGGCUCGUUUCGAGCGAGCGAACUAUUGUCUUGAGCCCAGACAUGAAUAACGAUACACCUAUCAAUUUAAACAAUGCCCAUCGUUUAAUCAAUAACACUUGGGCAAUUUCUUCACAAUUUUAAGAUUUCUAAAAUCUUUCGGUCCGUCAGCUGUUAAACCCUACCCUUACCGACCGUAUCAAAAAUAUUAGUCAUGCCGGGAGCUCUUUCCGUAGCAUUUUGAAACCGAAUACAGCUUUUUAAGUUUCCUCGGAGUUGAAGGGUCUUUGGAUAAUGGUUUUCAUAAAUGUUCCUAAAAAUUGUCACAAUUUUGCUGGAUAAGUUCAUCUAAUAUCUUUCUUAAUGGUAAAUAUGUUUUCACUCUGAAGAAAAAGAUUUUAAGCGAAUUAACCUUUCGACAAGUGACAAUCUGUUCCUCCUUGGGAAAAUAUUUCAACGAGGCUUGCGUUGUUCCAGAUAAGAAGCUGAAGUUUCACAAGGACUUUUUGUGUUUCUAUAUGGCUUGGUUGCACGUAAUAACAAAAAGCAUAACCUACAAAGAGAGCGAAAUUCUUUCCAAACCGCACUUCAAAUUUGAGUUCGAACACCCUCAUUUUAUUUGACGUAUUUUCUGUAUUGGCUUUAUCACAACUUUUCUUUUAGGUGAUAGGCGACAAAAAAGGGGGACGAACUUCGUUGCUUAUAAGUAAAGACCCAAGCAGUAUCAAACAUUUAGACGAAAUCGCUAAAAACGUGGGAGUGCCAAUGAAAUUCAUACACAUUGUCAGGAACCCAUUUGAUAACAUCGCUACCAUGGUACUUCGCGGUGCAGGCGAGCGUGAUAAUGUAAGGGAAGAAGGAACAAAAGUAAGUUUAUAAAUCAUAUUUGAAAAAAUAUCAAAUAACAUUCUCAUUAUCACGGUAACAUCAUUGUCAUUAUUAUAUAUACACAGGAGUCCAUUACUUCUGAUAUACAUUAGAAUUUUUAAAAAAAUGUGAUUGGUUGAGAGUAUUUAAAUGAUAUACAAUAGCGUGUGAAGUGAGUAUGAUAACCCAAUAUCGGCAGCGGAUAUUGUAGUUAUCAUGUGGAGUUAAAAAACCUGCCUAGUUUCCAAGCCCCUCGACCAUGUGGGGUUCUCAAACUUUUGCAAACUCAGAGAGAAGUGUUUUCUUUGGUACAUUGUUUAGAAAAUGCAUUAAUAAGACAAUUAGUGAAUUGGGUCUGCAUAUGAUGUCAUGAAUUAUCAAAACCUCGUGUCUUCGUUUUCUGCAUUUUCGUUAUUUUUUCAUCACAGUCAUAAUCAAUGUCGUUAUCGUUAUCAUUUUUUUCUAUUUGUCACUAAAAGAUGAACGGAUCAGUGAUUUUGGAGGAUUGGAUCGAGCUCUACUUCAACCUUACAAAGGCUAGCCAGCGCGUCAGAGAAAGGUUUGGGGAUGCUGUUAUCGAUAUUCCAGGACAUGAAACAAUACUCAGACCGAAAGAAACACUACAAAAAUUAUGUGACCAUUUAGGUGUGACAUGUUCAGAGGAAUACAUAGAAAAAUGCAGUAAGAUCUUGUAUGGAGCUCCUUCUGUCACAAGAAAUAAAAUUGUUUGGACCGAAGAACAAAAACAGCGGGUCACCGAGCAGAUGAAAAAAUAUCCGUUUCUGAAAGACUUUUCGUUUGACGAUUUCCUAUCUUAA